AUGCUCGCCCCCAAGACCGGUAGUCUCUUCGUCUUCAUCGCCAUUGAUCGUGGCAGGGUUGCAGGUAAUGGUGACGCGGUCUCCCUUGCGAAAGCCGGCGACUUUUGGUCCAGAUGCGACCACUUCGGCGGCACAGUCAGAAGCAGCGAUGCCUCGUUCCAUGGGCUUGACUGGAAAUUUACCAUGCAGCAUCGCGACGUCUCGCCAGUUGAUUGA